AUGCCUAUCUUCUGUCCGUGCACGACAAAGAACACCACCGUCACCUCUUACUGCGAGAACUCCGCCUCCAGCCGUCAAUGCUGGGGCGACUACGACAUCCGCACCAACUAUUACGACGACGAAGCGCCCUUCAGAACUGGUGUCACCCGUACCUACUGGCUCGAAGUUACAAAUACGACCACAUUAGCCCCCGAUGGAAUCCACAGACAGAUGAUCACCUUCAACGGCACCUUCCCUGGUCCGACGAUCUGGGCCAACUGGGGAGAUGAGAUCGAGGUGCAUGUUACGAACAAGCUUCAGGACAAUGGUACCUCCGUUCACUGGCACGGUGUGAGGCAGUUGGAUACAUGUGAGGAGGAUGGUGUGCCCGGAGUUACCCAGAUGCCAAUUCCCCCAACGGGAUCUUACACCUAUAAGUUCCUCUGUUCCCAAUACGGCUCUUCUUGGUACCACUCGCACUUCAGUCUGCAGUACGCUGAGGGUGCUGUCGGUCCUUUGACGGUGUACGGACCUACGUCCGCCCACUACGACGAGGAUCUCGGCCCUCUUAUCAUCAGUGACUGGCGCCAUGAGACUGCGUUUUCUGACAUGGCACUGCUCUCGCAUUCUGGCGAUCAUCUUUUGCAAACCGCGGUGAAUAUUCUACUCAACGGCACCAACACGUAUAACGCCACCGAAACUGGGCAUAUCACCGGCCAUCACUACAACGUCACAGUUGAACAGGGAAAGACAUACAAGAUGGGUCUGGUGGGUGCUCUGACGGAGAAUGCUAUCUACUUCUCUAUGGACGGCCACAAGUUCACCAUCGUCUCGAACGACUAUGUUCCAGUCGAGCCAGUCGAGGUGGAUUACGUCUAUAUCGGCAUUGGACAGCGUUAUGACAUUGUUUUUGUAGCGAGCGGCGAGAUUGAGAAUUACUGGAUUCGUGCUCAGCCGGCCGAAGUCGGCGGCUGUGCUAUCAACGACAACAAAUGGAACUCCAAUGCUGUUCUCCGUUACGCUGGCGCUCCUGCAGUGGACCCAACCACCUCUCCUGUCCUGUACACAGAUACUACUGAUACUGUUCACGGGGAGUACCCGCAAACUUGCCAAGAGAACUUCUUACCUGCAGGCCAGAGGUUCACUCCGAUGGUUCCUUUGAAUGUCCCUCCUCCGUCGUUUGAUAACUUCCUCUUUGCCCAGGUCGGUUUCCACUGGAACGGCUCGGAUCACCCUGGCAGCCAUGCUUCUCAGUUGUUCUUCGUCGAGAAGCAUGAGGACGUGACAGAUGUCACAAAUCUCAACGUAAGUGAAGUGUUCAAUGUUCUCACGGAUAUCAACGAGACGAAAUGCGACGAGCACUCUCUGAUUGUUAACUUCAAUGCACCCACACUUCUCAAUGUGAUGGAGAACGAAGACAAUGCACCUAACGCCAACGUGUACUAUCUCCGACAACAAAGGGACGAAUGGGUUUACUUCGUCGUCCAGUCCGAGAUUCCUAUCGCUCAUCCGAUCCACUUGCACGGACACGACUUCUUCGUCUUGGGCCAGCUCCAUGAGCAGUUCGAGGCAAGCCAUGUCCCGUCUUUGAACCUCACCAACCCUAUGCGUCGUGAUGUUGCGAUGCUUCCCGCUGGUGGAGCUUUGGUACUUGCGUGGAAGACGGAUAACCCAGGUGCAUGGAUCAUGCACUGUCACAUCGCUUGGCACGUUGGUCUUGGAUUGGGUUUGCAGUUCGUCGAACUCGAGGAUGAGAUGAAGAGCAAGUUCACCACUGUAACCGACCAGGACAGUCUCUGGGCCCAGAACGCUCAUGCUUGGAGUGAGUGGUGCAUGCACGAUCUCGUUGAUCAGGAUGACAGUGGAGUGUAA